UUCCUGUGCUAUUAUUAUACAUACAGCAAUGGAGAUUUUAAUUCCUUCAACAAUGCUAUAUCGCAAAAGGAACAGAACACGAGAUGAUUAAAUAUUUAUCUAUUAAGUGAAUGCAAGCUCAUAGUGGGGAUGACAAUCAUAUCAUAAGAACAACGCUUCUGCGAUUAUCUAGACAGUAUUUUAACUGGAGCACACUGUAACAAUGUCAUUUGCAAACUAAGAGAAGUGAAAUAUUUCAAGCUCGGGUUUCACGAAAAUCGUGAAAAUGUCUACCCAAGAGGAGCUCAAUUAUUGCUACAACUUUGUCGUGAACCUUACUGUAGAGUCUGGAAAGGUGAUUCAUGACGCUUUUCAAGGAUCUAAAAUAGUUGAAACAAAAGCUGGCGAUUGGGAUUUGGUGACGCAAUAUGACAGAAAAGUCGAAGCUAUUUUAAUUGACAAUUUAGCAAAGAGAUUUCCAACGCACAAAUUUAUUGCCGAAGAGACAGUGUCACGUUCUAAUUUUUUGCCAGAACUUACGGACACACCUACAUGGAUUAUAGAUCCGAUCGAUGGAACAACGAACUUCGUACACUCUUUCCCGUAUACUUGCGUAUCAAUCGCAUUAGCUGUGAAUAAAGAACUCGAGAUUGGAAUAGUUUACAAUCCCGUUUUAAAACAGUUAUUCACAGCCAGAAGAGGUCAUGGGGCAUUUCUCAAUGAAAAACCGAUUAAGAGCUCGAGCGUAGAGGAACUUAAACAUUCUUUAUUAUGCUUGGAGACUUCAUAUGCGACUAUCGAAGAUAUUCGCGAUAUUAUUCUAGGAAGAUUGGAAGCCUUUGUCUCGAUAGCGCAUGGAAUAAGGACCAUGGGUUCAGCGGCAUUAACCCUGUGUCACGUUGCCAUGGGGACUGUCGAAGGAUAUCAUUCUGACAAUCUGAUGCCAUGGGACGUUGCUGCAGGUGUACUUAUAAUCAGAGAGGCUGGCGGUAUAGUGAUCGACACAAAUGGUGGAGAAUUCAACGUUAUGUCACCGAAGUUGCUAGCAGUCGGUAAUUGCAAAUUAGCAAAAGAACUCGUGAAACUAAUAAAACACGCGGAUCUUAAAACACAUCAGAAAAUGCUGUUAUUACAAACUGCAAAGUAAUGUUCCUCUCUAUUAAAGUAUCGAAAAUAAAAUUUGGAAUAACGUCUUGUAAAAAAAAAA